CAGCAGCCCCGGCGGCGUCACCCCCCCCGCGGCGGGGGCGGGCGGGGACCGGGGCCGGUAGCUGCGGCGGGAGGUGCCGCCGCGGGGGGGCACCGGGCAGCGACCGAGCGCCGCCGGGCUGCGGCGUCACUGCGGGCCUGCGUACCGGGGCUGCACCGGCCCCGGGGCUCCACCGGCCCCAGCACCGGCCCCGGGUUCCCCGCUGGUGCCGCAGCACCGGGAUCCCACCGGCCGCAGCCCCGCCGCCCCCCGGGCCCGGUGCCCCCCCCCGCAGCCGCCGCCCCCCCCCCCCCCCGCCCCCACCAGCCCGAUCCCACCCGCCUCCGGGCAGCGCUGAGCGGGGGCACCGGGCCCGGCCCCGGGAUGGGGCCCGGCGGCACCGGCAGCCGCUGGCCCCUGGCCGGGACCGUGCUGGUGGCUGUGGCCGCCUCGCUGGCGGCGGGGGGCGAGGACUGCCUGUGGUACGUGGACAGGAACGGCUCCUGGCACCCCGGCUUCGACUGCGAGUUCUUCACCUUCUGCUGCGGCACGUGCCACCAGCGGUACUGCUGCCGCGACCCCCUGCGCCUGCUCACCGAGCGCCAGCAGCGCCACUGCCUCGCCUUCAGCCCCAAGACCAUCGCGGGCAUCGCCUCGGCCGUGGUGCUCUUCAUCGCCAUCGUCACCACCAUCGUCUGCUGCUUCAUGUGCUCCUGCUGCUACCUGUACCAGCGCCGGCAGCACCUCCGCACCCCACUGCAAGGCCCGGAGAUCCCACUGUCCAACUACCCCCCCGUGCCCCCCCCCGCCCCCUUCCCCAUGGACACCAAAGCCGGCCCCAUGCCCCCCCAGCCCGGCUUCGCCCCCAUGGCCAUGUACCCACCGGCUGGCCCCGCCGCCCAGUACCCGCUGUACCCCUCUGGCCCCCCCGGCUACAACCCCACAGCACCUCCACCCUACGUCCCAGCACAGCCCAGCUACCCCGGAGCCUGAGCACCCACGGGGACCCCAGCACCCUCCUCCUGCCGCCGGCCAGUGGGGCCGGGCUGGGGACCCCCAUCCCCCCGCCACAGGACCGGGAGGGUGCCCCGGCCAUGGCCGGAUCGGGCCCUUCCCGGCCACCCCGGGGAUGACCCCGUGCCAGCAGCACAGGGCGGCUCUUGUCCCGCACACUGGGCCCUUUGUGGGUGCCUCCGCCCCGGCUCCGGGUGCCAACGGCCCUGUUGCACCCAUGGGGUGGGGGGUGUCCGGCGGGGGGGUCCCCUGAGGGCCGUGCAUUGCUGCACCCCUGCAUCCAGAUUUGGCCCCCGCUCUCCCCCACCCCCUGGGGGUGGCAUUAAACGAUGUCUUGUGCCCCACA